AGGUGAUUCAGGGCUGGUGGAGAUUAAAGACCAAGUGGAGACAGCAGAAGGUCAGGGGGUAAUGGAGUUGGUGGAGAAGGGAGAGGAAGAUACAGAACAGUCAGGAGAAGCACAGGCCAACACUGGAGAUACAAACAAGUCCCAGACUGUGUCCAAGCCCGCUGAAGGAGACACUGAAGAGGUGGGACAAGACAAUGACCAAGCAUCCACUGGUGUUGAUGUGAAGGAUUCUGAAAAAACAAGUGGAGACCAAGAUGGGAAGGAAAAGGUGGAGGAAGACAAGAAAGGAGGGCAGGUGGAAGAGGCCCAGAGUGCUGAGACUGGGAGAGAUGAAGAGAAGGUGAAGGACAAGAAUAAAGACAAAGAGAGAAGGAGUAAAUGUGGGAAAAAUGCAAAAGAAGAAGAAAAGGAUGUGAAUGAAAAAGAGGCAAAAGGGGAUGAGAAGAAGAAACAAGUCAAGGAAGUGGAUGCAGAGACAAAAGACAAAGGAAAGCCGAAGGAGGCAGAAAAACAGGGGAAGCCCAAACGAAAGACUGGUGCUCCUGCUUCUGCUCUUUCCCGACCGAGACCCUCUGCUCGCUCCAUCAGAGCAGCCGCUAAAAACGACAUUAUAGCCAAGUUCCAACAAGGUGCACCAGAGACACCGAUACCUCGCAACUUUAAAAUUCAGAAAUCGUCUGCUGCCAUGGCAACGGGAGCUUCAAUCAAACAGAAGAUGCUUCAGUGGUGUCGCAACAAAACCCGCAACUACGAGGGCGUCAACAUAGAGAACUUCUCCUCUUCCUGGUGUGAUGGGAUGGCAUUCUGCGCUCUGAUCCAUCGUUUCUUUCCAGAAGCUUUCGACUACAGCUCACUGAGUUCAGAUGAGAGGGAGAAAAAUUUCACUCUGGCCUUCGAGACUGCAGAGUCUCUGGCUGACUGCUGCCCCCUGCUGGAAGUGGACGACAUGAUCAUGAUGGGUAACAACCCAGACCCCAUGUGUGUGUUCACAUAUGUCCAGUCCCUCUGCCACAGCCUCUCCAAGAUAGAGAAAGAGAGGAAGGACAAAGAGAAGGAACAGAAGGAGAAGGCUGGUAAUGAGGGAGAAGACGAGGCGUCAAAGGAGAAGGACGAGGAAGAGCCUGCUGAGAAGGAGACGACCGACAGACAAGAAGAGAAACCGGGAGAUUGUGCAGAGACAGAGGGAGCUGGUCAGGAGGAAGAGGCACCAAAGUGUUGUGAGACAGAAGAAAGUGAGCAAGCAUUGGUUGAAACAGAGUCCUAGAAAAAUACUGACAGCAAACAAACAGACUGAAAAGACCAAAAAAGUUGUUGAUGGUACUGCUUUGAGUAAGUCUUAGUUUGGUGUUGGAUCGACUACUGUCACAGUAAAGAAGUACAUCAGGUUGACUCAACCGCUGGCAAUUUCCAGUUACACUAUGUUUGAAAGGGUACUAUGCUGUGUUUUUUUUAAUUCACUGCUGUGUUCUUGUCUAUGUUUGUUUUGAGCGCAUCAAGCAGAAAUGCUAAGGUCCUGAAUUUGCUGUGUGUCCAUUAAUAAAAAUGAAGAAUAA